AUGUCGUCGACUCCCCAGCGUGUUCAAUGCUUCGGCAAGAAGAAGACGGCCACUGCCGUCGCCCAGUGCAAGGCCGGCAAGGGCCUCGUCAAGGUCAACGGCCGCCCUCUGCAGCUCGUUCAGCCCGAGAUCCUGCGCUUCAAGGUCUACGAGCCUCUCCUCGUCGUUGGCCUCGAUAAGUUCGCCAACCUCGACAUCCGCGUGCGCGUCUCCGGUGGUGGUCAAACUUCGCAGAUCUACGCCAUCCGCCAGGCCAUUGCCAAGUCCCUCAUCGCCUACUACCAGAAGUUCGUCGACGAGCACUCCAAGAACAUGCUGAAGCAGGCUCUCGUCCAGUUCGACCGCACCCUCCUCGUCGCCGACAACCGUCGGUGCGAGCCCAAGAAGUUCGGCGGUCCCGGCGCCCGUGCGCGUUACCAGAAGUCGUACCGUUAA